UAUUUUUGUAAUUGUCUCUUUGAUGUCUAUAUAAAAACAACAUUAACAUCUCGAAAUAAUUAUUCAAUAUAUUUCUGCCACAACAUCAAUGAAGAUGUAUCUGAUCACUCUUAUAGCUGGCAUUCUCUUCGCAACUCAGGCUGUUAGGUCAAAGGAAAUCGUUCAUGAGAAUGAACUUCCGACAAGAGCUGAUGCACCGCCAUACCUGGAACAAGUCACGUGCAAGGACAACCCUUGUAAAAAUAAAGGAUUCUGUAAAGACACACCAGAGGAGGUGUUGCAAACACGAAGAUUCUACCAGUGUUUGUGUCAGCGUAGUACAUGCGGACAACACUGUGAUAUUGGAACAUUUGAGCUUCAUGCCAGCAUUCAACUUAGUUGCAGUCCAGAUGAAGGCAUUAUCGAUACUUGGGAUUCAAGUUCAUAUCUAGUAACAGGCUGUCGUAAUCUGUGUUAUAAAUAUGAGAAUUGUAAGGGCAUCAACAUAAAACAAUAUUAUGACGGCUCUGGAUAUUGCUCUAUUCUGAAGUACGAUUUGAACGAGGAAACAUGUGCAAUGGAACCAAUGUCCGAAGUUGGAACUGAAUACUGGUUUGAGAGACGUACGGAAAAUUGUGCUAAUUUACAAGAAUAGAUAAAAACUCUUAGCGUGUGAAAAUGUUCCUUCCAAGUGAUAGUCAUAAAUAAAAUAAUUACGUAAUAUUAAUACAUGUUAUGAAUUUUAAGAAGUAACGUCUAUCUUGCCAUAAAUGCGGUUUGUUCGUCC